GUACCAUUAAAGUUUGAUCAUCAUUCAUCAACACCUACAUGCUUCGACAUUUUAAAAAAUCCGAAAAAACGUACAGAGAUUGAGGAUGCAGACGACGAUAGUCAAGAUAGUCAAGAUGAUGAUUCCCAUCAGGACAAAAAAACAAAACAAGAAAUUACCAUGCAAAAGAAGAAACCACAAUCAUGGACAAGAGAAGAGGAUGCAAUGUUACUUGAAUUGGUUCAUAAGCAUGGGUUUAAAGCUAGCCUUAUUAGAGAAGAAAUGGGAAGGAAACGUGGGUUAUCUUCUUAUACUUCACGAUGGGAAGUACUAAAGAAAAAAGCUUUG